UAAAAAUAAGAUAUCACGAAAUAUCCGUGAUAUUCUUUGAUGCAAUCUUUUCCCCAUUGCUCUCUGUUUUUAAUUUCUUUUUAAAGUAUUCUGCGGUAUUAUAGUAUAUAGUUGGUAAAUAAUAAUGGAAAAUUCUUCACCCACCAGAAAAAUCAAAGAAACCAUCAUAAAUACCAUCACCAUAUUCACAUGAUUCAUACAUACCCGAGUCUGUCACUUUCUUCUUCAUUUUACUUGACAUUUAAGGAACAAAUUAAGGAGAUCAUGAACAGUUCAGGAGGUUCUUGUUCGUCUUUAAUGGAUGUGGUGACUUAUGAUCCUCAUCAUCAUGGUCAUGAUGAAGAGCUUCAUGUUUUAGCUGUUGAUGAUAAUCUAAUUGACCGUAAACUCGUAGAGAGGUUGCUCAAGAUCUCUUCUUGCAAAGUCACAACAGCAGAGAAUGCGAUAAGAGCAUUGGAGUAUUUGGGUUUGGGAGACCAAAAUCAGCAUAUUGAUGCAUUGACCUGUAACGUUAUGAAGGUGAACCUAAUCAUCACAGAUUACUGUAUGCCGGGAAUGACAGGUUUUGAGCUACUUAAGAAAGUGAAGCAGGAGUCAUCAAAUCUGAGAGAGCUUCCUGUUGUGAUAAUGUCUUCAGAGAAUAUUCCUACUCGCAUCAACAAAUGUUUAGCGAGUGGAGCUCAAAUGUUUAUGCAGAAGCCUUUGAAACUGUCUGAUGUUGAGAAACUUAAGUGUCAUCUCAUGAACUGCAGAAGCUAACCAUGAGAGAUUUAAUGUUAGUCCUAACCAUGAAACAUUUCAUUGUCUUGAUUCCUUAUUUGAUUAUUUUACAUGUUUUCUCUGAAA